AUGAGCAACCAAAGACUCUGGCAAGCCGACCCAAGGAUUGGACGCGCAGGAGAGCACCGCUGUAAUGAAAGAGGCGGCAGUAAGUUUUGUUAUGGGAUAUCAACCCAAAGGAUAAGAGAGGGCCGAACCGCAGCAGGAGUGGGUAUGUUGGUAGAACAGGGAUUGAGACUAAAAAGUAGCUACCAAAAACAGAGCAAGGGAUAUAGAGAAGGAAAUAUAGCGAGUCAGGAAGCGCGGUUAGGACUAAGCUGGACCGAUCUAUUGGAUAGUAUCAUCCACAAAAGUUUAGAGGAAGCAAAAGACAAGUCAAAAACUGGAAGAGAGGACUCUAGAUUAGGACUGGCCGAACAAAGACUUUGGAGAGGUCUGAUGGGCAGCCCCACGAACUACAUCCACUGCAAUACAGCAGCAACUUGUCAGAAGAUGUUAGAUCUGGUUGGUUGCAUAAUGUACUUGAUAUGGCAAGAUGAUAACAGUAUAAUAGAUAAGAAUCAUGCGGCAUGGUCAGGAUGUAAGGAGCUGGAAGAAAAAAUGGAAGAGAUGCGGAAGGAGGAGACAUUAAGCGUAGCGGAGGGUUGGAAAGUAGUCCAGAAGGGCAAGAAAACUUGCCAAAUGGACGGGAGCUUUGCAGCAUGUAGGAUGGAAUUACUGAGUUUGAUCCUAAGCGUAGCUAACUCAAUACGAACGUUGUGUCCUACGUGUCCAUUAUCGGGUUUGAAUAAUAUCUUGAACGAUAAUCUACCUCAGGGUCCAGGACAAGAUUUUUAUUGUCAAACAUCAAGGAGCGGCUAUCCAUUCUGUAAUAUUGACGAGCACAGCAAGGAAGGGGACCUAGUAAUAAUCUCAAGGAGCGAAUUAGGGGCCGAAAAGGAGGAGACCUCAAUUCCUCUGGAACAAACUCCAGCAUUGAAGGAAGAGACGGGAGACCAAGACCAAGAGGAUCAAGUUACGGACAGCGUAAGUCAGGAGCAAGGGAAGAUUUCUGCACCGUCCAACCCAAAAGCGACCAAUCCGAACGACAGGGGGGUUCCAGGAGAGGUUCAAGAGGGGAAGGUACAGGAGGGCCCCGACCUCGAGCCCCCCCCCCAAUCCAACAAUAGUCAAGUAACAAUACCCGAAAUAUCUGAGAAACAUUCACAGUACCCUCCAGGCGGCUUUAACGCAUCCCGAGACCACCCCCCAGGUCCAAAAGCGGAUGCAGUAAUUAAUGGCAAUACAGUCGGGCAAGAACAGCCGGUUGACCACCUCCCUACCCUACAACAAAGUGAAGUUAAGGCGAAUUUUCCAGCAGUAGACUCAUCAAGGGACGCCAUUUCUGCCGGAGUAGGGAGAGUUGUUGGCGUCGUAGGAGCCGUAGGUGUGAUGUUCCUUGUUUCAGCGUAUGGUUUAUAUCGUAUUUAUGGGAAAUUCGGGAGGAAUCCUCCCCCCAGGGCCGGUCCGGGAAGAUUUAGAGUCAUGUAUGAUAUUCUGAGGUAG